AUGAGCCAAGCGCACAUGUUCGGCGGAAUGGGCGGAUUCGGGGGAAGCUCAGGCGCGGGGUCUCCGCCCGACCGCGGGUGUAUACACGGGGAAGGGGAGGCGUCGGGGCAGCAGCAGCAAGGGCGGAGCCCGUCCGCGGCGGCUGCGCGUUCCGCCGCCAGCGAGAGGCUCGGGCACAGGCGCGGGGAGGAGCGGAGCAGCCGCGGAGGACCCGCGCGGAGCGGAGUGGACGACGCGCGGAAAGGGACCUUGCGGAAAAGCGCAAGCACGAAGUCUGCAGGGUCCCGGGGUCCAGCGGCCACUGCACCUGCUGGUGUUAUCGGCGGAGGCGGAGGCGGGGGGGGAGCGGUUGGCGCGAUGUCGACGACGAGUGGGCGGAGCAUGAAGAGCACGAUGAAAAGCGGGGCGCGGGCUGCGGCGAAGGGCGGAAAGGGGAAGAAGCGCAAGGAGAUGGCUGCUGGUGACGGUGCGGAAGCUCUGGCACAAGCGCAGCAGGAGCAAGCGCAAGAGCGCGCGGAAAGAUCAGCGGGAGCAGCCGCGGAAGCAGCGGGAGGAGCGGGAGUGGGAGCGGGAGCAGCAGAGGAGGAGCUGUUUCGGGGAAUUGAGGUUCUUCGCGCUGCCGCCGUAGCUGCGCGGGAGGAGGAGAGACGCGCGCGCGCUGCAACCGAGCAUCCGGGGACUGGUCUUGGCUGCGCUGCGGAUGCGGCGGCGGAGGCUGCAGCGCAGGCGGAAGGGGAUGAUGACGAUGCGCGGAUGGUACCUGCGCAGGUGGACGCGGAUGAGCGAACGGGGGCGGAGGAAGGAACGGGAUUGGCGGAAACGGAGCACAAAGGGGAAAGCUUCGGGGAGCAGCGCGAGGCGCGGGCUCUAGGACGCUUCCGCGCGGCUGCCGCCGCCGCUGCCGCCGCCGCCGCCGCAGGCGUUGCUGCUGGGUGUGCAAGCAGUUACCAUGGCGGAGCGAUGGCGAGCGAAGGAGCCGCGCUCCUCCCUGCCGCCGCUACCGUCCCUACUCUUCCUUCCCCUGCGGCAUCCGCCCGUACCCCUGCCUCUGCUGCUGCUGCCACUGCUGGUGCCCCUUCUCCUGCUGCUGCCGCUGUUGCUUCAGCAGGCGCGGAGGCGGCGGGAGGCAUGCUGGCGAUGGUGCUGGGGAUGGCGGGAGGCGUGGAGGACGAGGAGGAGGAGCGGUUCCGGCAGGAGAGCAGGAAGCGGAGCAGGCGCGCGGAGGAGGGGCGGGGGCGGGGCGCAGGGGAGGCGGACGGGGAGGUCGCAGGGGAGAGCAAGAGGGGGAGGUGGGAGGGAGGGGAGGGAGGGGAGGGAGGGGAGGGAAGAGGGGAUAUGUGUGUGGGUGACUUGAUUGGUGCGGUGGGGCAGAAGGAGUUUUGGCGUGUGCGGAAGGGCAUUGUGAGGCAGCAGCACAUAUUCUCCACUCAACUGUUCGAGCUGCAUCGACUGAAUAGGGUGAGCCAUAAUCUCGUGCUGCUUCUUGCCCGUUGUGCAGCAGGGGCUGAUGCACGAGCCGCUGAACACUGA